GUUCCUGCUGCUGGGUGGGUCGGGACGCCAGACCUUCUGUGCCCCGGCGGAGUUAGGGGCCACUGAUGCAGUUUCUGCUCGGUGACCAUGGCGGUGUUUCACGACGAAGUGGAGAUUGAGGACUUUGAAUAUGACGAGGACUCGGAGACUUAUUUCUACCCCUGUCCCUGUGGGGACAACUUCUCCAUCACCAAGGACGAUUUGGAGAAUGAAGAAGACGUGGCAACAUGUCCUAGCUGCUCUCUCAUUAUAAAAGUUAUUUAUGACAAAGAUCAGUGUAUGUCUGGAGAAACAGUCCCAGCACUUUCAACCAACAGUUAGUUAAAUGCUGAAGAAGCCCUCAGGGACCCACAUCCUGGGCAGCAGGCAAUGAGCCCAGGUGAACGGAUCAAGCAAGUGCUGAGUGAGCCUCCUCUCCACAGGACAGCUCUCUGGGGCUUGCUCUUCUGUGGGUGGGCAUCAUCAUCAGCUGCUGAAUUCUUCAUAAGAAAUGAGUCCGUAACGUCAGCCCUGGAUUCCAUGUUUACACGGCAUUCAA